CGAAAAUCAAUUGCAGAAAAAAAAAAAAAUUAAUGGCGUUCUCUGCAAUAACAACGCACUGCCCCUCCUCUCUUCUUCUUCCGCCGGCGACGAACCCGUCGGCAUCGUCUUCAGCUCGGAAUUCAAUUUCCUUCAGAUUUUCAUCCACAAGUCUCAGCCGUGGAAGAAGACCCAUUUCAAUUCGAUCCGUUUCAACUUCGGCUGCGCCGAAAUCCGAGGGCAUUGCACCUGCGAUUUCACUUACGGAGAAUGCGUUGAAGCAUUUCAAUAAGAUGAGAGCCGAACGUAAUGAGGUUUUAUGCUUGAGAAUUGGUGUUAAACAGGGUGGAUGCUCUGGCAUGUCGUAUACGAUGGACUUCGAGAGCAAAGAAAAUGCAAGGCCAGAUGAUUCCAUCAUGGAAUAUAAUGGUUUUGAGAUAGUUUGUGAUCCAAAGAGUCUCCUCUUCUUGUAUGGCAUGCAAUUGGACUACAGUGAUGCUCUUAUUGGUGGAGGCUUUUCUUUCAAGAACCCUAAUGCCACACAAACAUGUGGUUGCGGUAAAUCUUUUGCCGCAGAGAUGUAGGAUUGUGUAUAUGGAAAACUUGAAUAGAAUAAAUAGAUGUACCAUAAAGAAACUUCAAAUGUGUGUCAAAUUUCCAUGGUAGUCCUGUAUUACAUAUAUCAGAAACCCUCUAAAAUUACUAGUAGUAAAAUUAAUUGCAUUACUGAA